AUGGAGUCGGCAAAGCAAAACAUCGAUAGCCCAAAAGAUGAGAAUGAGACGGCUGCGGAAAAAGACGUGCAGCCAAUUCUAGUUAGCGUUAUCUUUUCAAUUUAUCCGAUCAUGGUAUUUUUAUUAUCGCCAUUCUUUGGAAUACUGGGAAUUACAGUAGCCGCUUAUCAAACUGCUACAUUUGCUGUUGCUGCUUCCCUUUUUCAAGAAUCGAUGGCUACAGCACUGGUUGGAGAUUUUAAAUUACCGUUCAUCGUAACUGGAGGAUUUAUGGCUGCCAGUGCAAUCGUCCUUCUCAUCUUUAUGCCAUCCAUUCGGGGCUUUGCAAUAGCAUCUUGCAUAGCUGCUAUAACGUUCUUCGAUCCUAGCUUGGCCCUCCAUCUUAAACCUGUGCUUAUGGUGUUAUGUCAGCGGUGGCUGGAAGGCUGUCUGAUAAGUGGGAAACUGUGGCUAUCGAUUAUUUCUUUGAUCUUUCUUGGUAUCGGUCUCGGAAUGGUCUUUACUCCAGUUUUUCCAGAUAUGAUUGAAGCUGCCAAAAAGAGAAACAUCGGAAACGAUUUUGUAGUAUUUUCAGUAAUUUCAGGAUUGGUUUCAGCAUUUUUCUCAUUAGGUGAAAUAGUAGGGCCUUUUAUUGGAGGAUCUUUUAAUACCCUAGAUAGUAUCAGUUUUGAUUGGUCUUCAUCGGUACUUGGUUUCGUUCUCGUUGCUGAAUAUAGUAAGCAGCUAGUUUUCGAAACAUUUUCUAAUAAAGAAAUUCCGAAAUGCUGGAUUUGA